ACUCACUCGCCAACCAUGAGGACCUUCGCAGCUCUUGCUCUCUUGGCUCAGGUGUGCCAUCUCACCCUGGCCAUCGAAUCGGCUCCUUAUAACCUAGUUAACUCUGCUGAGACGUACGAGGAGCGCGUGUACCCGGCGCAGAAGUGGGUCACCACAUCCCAUCUCUCCAUCUCUCACCACGAAGCCACCAGUGACGUCAUGUUCCGCAAAUUGUUCAACUACAUCGACGGACAGAAUGAUGCAGCCAUGAAGAUCGACAUGACAGCCCCCGUGACCACGCUGGUCAUCCCCGGAGAAGGACCCAACUGCGAGAACAACUUCACCAUGAGCUUCUACGUCCCCGCCGCCCACCAAGACAACCCGCCCACGCCCACCAACCCUGACGUGUACAUCGAAGAGCGACCGGAACUGCACGUGUUCUCCAGGAGGUUCCACGGGUUCGCCAGCGACGAGGACUGGAUCGUCAACGCCGCGCAGCUUCACGACGACCUGGUGGCAGCUGGCGAGGUGGGCGUCGACUUCCAGACCUACUACACUGCUGGCUACGACUCUCCCUACGUUAUCAUCGGUCGCAACAACGAAGUCUGGUUCAUGAAGAAUGACAUGAAUUGAUCCUCACUUACUUUAUGUCAACUUAUUUAUUAUUUAUUGGUAUUAUUAGAGAUAUGCAAACAUAAACAUACACUUACUGAAGAAAGAAUCUUUUUUUAUCCUCAUGUAUAAUGAGACUAAUGCAUAACGCAACCUAUUUAAAUGUAAAGAUGUUCAGAAAAGCAUUAAUUUAGAAGUAGGAGAUUCAGUGAAAGGGGUUACUAUACUUGUCACAGUAAUUUUGCAUCCUAAACACUAUUUGUUUGGUGGUAUGUGGACCUACAGAAGAGCUAGUGGUUCUUCACUAGCAAUUUGUUUCUCAAUCGACUUUUUACUUUUGACUGUUCAUCGAACAGACAAGCAGAAAUAUAAGAUUACUCAUGUUUGUAAUGACUGAAAUAUUCACAGUUAAAAUACUUAUAUGCAGUUAAUCAGACAUUCGUAUCUAUAUCCCUAA